CGGUACUAAUAUUAAUAUUAAUACAUAGAACUUUACGUCAAGCAACUAUUCAAUUAUUGAUUUUCCACUUUGAAAUAGCAUAUACCCUUAAAGGUAGAUAAGACAAAUUUGACUUUAAGGCAAUAAGGCAAUUUUAUAGUAAUUUACCAACUUUUCGGUUUAUAACAAAAAAUUACUAUUAAGUUCUGCAAAGAAUCCGGUUUGGGGUUGUAUUUAUUGUCAGCAGUAGUUGACAACAGCCCAACGUUUAAAUUUUUCGUUUUGAAAUAUGCAAGGAUCUGGUAACGUUGGCCUUUAGUAACUGCUAUUUCUGCUACGAAUAUGCAGUGAAGUGUCAACUGUAAUUUAUAAUCAAGUUGGCCACACUUACCAAACAUUUUGAUUAUGUCAUUCUAUCACAAUUCUGAUCUACUUUUUAAAUAAGGCUGGUAAAUUAAUUAAAAAGGACGAAAAGUUGUGAAAAUGGUAAAACCUUUGGAAAAAGCUGGAUUCUUGGAACUUCACACCGCUGGUUUAAUUAUUGGCUGGCUAGGAGUGAUUGGAAGCGUUUUGAUUUUUAUUAUUGCGGCUUUUACUUUGGGUGAAGCCGAUAAGAUAGCUGAUAAUCUGGCACCAGAAAAUGGCGAAGAGUCAGGAUUACAUAACCAAGCCGAAGCUGCUGUUUCCUUUUUGGGGGUUUUCCUCAUGGGUGUUUGCAUCAUGAGCGCUGUGAUAUCAGGCUUACUCAUAUACGGAAUAAAUAAGAAACGACAUUCUAUGUUACUGCCCUGGUUGGUGUUAGGUACUUUUGGCGUUGUAUUCAGCUAUUUCAAUUUGUUGGCCGCCUUGUUUGCCUUUGUUGCUGGUCCACAUAACUUUCUAGACUUCUUGUACCAAGUAUUUUCUACUGAUACAGAUUUUAACAUUAAAGAGUAUAUUGUUGUAGAGUAUAUAUACAAAUUUUAACAUUGCGAGUACAUAUUUGGAAUCACUUACAGCUCUGCAAAGCUACUUUUAUUAUGUAAUAUACUCACUGUACAUGCGUAUCAAAAUGAAUACGGGAAUCGGUAGCGAAUUGACUUCUCCACCAGCUGCAACAGUAUCAUACCAACAAAACGAUCCUGCAUAUUCUAACUAUGACAAGGUCGCGUCACCAUAAAAGGAUGCCAAAUACCAGAAUAUAUACUAUUGAUGUUUAGUUACAGUUUCAAUAUCUAUAUUAUAAGACAAGUUGCCUUUACUUACGCCAAAUUCGCGUUUAUUCAACGCUUCUUAGCUUUUUUAAACAUGAAAACCUAACUAAAACAAUAUAUAAAAGGAUGCCAAAUACCAGAAUA